ACUUCUAUCGGACCGUUUCUUCUUCAGAAAUGUCUACAGAAUCCGAUUCUGGGUAGAGCUUUCGUGCUGGACAAAGAACUUUUCGUAAAAAUACAGAAAUAUUGAGUUGAAUUGAGUUUUUUUCAUUCGUAAUAGAAAACGCCGGUGGUUCCAUCUCGUAUUGAACAAACAGCUACACAACCAGCUGAAUCCAUAAAGUCACGUGACUACCUUAGUCCGUUAAACUAUUCGUCGAAAUUACCGACUCUUGUAUGUAUCUCAUCUCUGGUGCUGUCACAUUGUAUCCUAAAAGUAUACAGAUGUAUAACCUCCAAACACACGAAAUGCUAAUUUUUUCUUAUAACAUAUUUAAUUUUUUCGCACACAAAUUCUUGAAACUCCUAACGAUAUUUUGUUAAUAAGAGAAUUUAAAUUACAAUUUAUGUCUAGCUGACAAGAAUGUCCUACUUCAAGUAUUUAACCUAAAUUAAUAGAGCACAUUUGUAUAUUGUAACAAUCUGUAUUUUAUUUCGUGAAUAAACAAUGUCUCAAACAGCCGAUGAAGAAACAAUCAAAUUAGAUCCUGCUAAUAUCUCCGAGGGCGAAACUUGUAAAAGCUGUGAAAGUUUGUGUGAUCCGUAUAAAAAACCAGCGUUGCGAUGUGGUGGAUGCUCGAGGAAAAUUCAUAUAGGAUGUUUGAAAAGAGGAAGCGUUCCAGUGUCCUUUGUGGGAGAUGUAUUUUUUGAAUUGAAUUGCUCUAAUUGUAAUCCAUUUGGUGAGGAAACGGUAGUACGUAACAGAAUGCCAUGGUUGAAUGUAAUUGUAUUGACUCUGUACAAUUUACGAGAGAAAUCAAGUGGUAUCAGUAAAAGGGGGUACUUUCAUUGGAAGUCUGAUAUCAGUACUUUUGUAGAUCGUAAUUGGGAUUACUUGUUUAAAAAGACUGUUAAACGAAAAAAGAACUGGAUUGGUACCAUAUCUGGAACUCUUUCCCAUUAUAGCGGAAUUUUUUUUAAGUCAGGAACAAUAGAAUUAGGAGAAUCUGGAUGGUGGAGGUUGAUGGACAAUGAUCCACCUGAAAUUCUCAUUGCCAAAAAUGAAAAGAUGAUAUUAGACCGUAAGAAACAAAUUGGUAGCCAAGCAAAGUCAUCAGGACGAACGUAUAGUAGUCCAACUCCAUCAGAAUCAAGUAUAUCAGUUGGUGAAGAUAAUACUUGUGGAAAUGAGUUACCAAAAAAUGAGGGAUGCUCUGUGUACUCACAACCCUAUGCUCAAUCUAACAAAACAUUAUUCGAUCUCUUACUCGAAGAGAAUGAACUAAAUAUGGAUAUCGAAGAUGAUUCGAUACUCAACGAGCAGAGCGACACUCCAUCUUUAUCAGAUUUAAUAAGGGACUGCCAAUAUCAAUCUAAUAACUUCCAUUUCUCCCAAUUAUUGGAUGAUUUUACAACUGAAUGGGUAUCUAAUACAGAUACUACAUCUGAAAGUAAUAGUAAUUUUAAAACAGAUCAGAUGAAGGAGGAGGAAGAGGAAGAAGACGAAGAAGGAGAAGUGCUGUACGAAGCUGAUAGUACAGAUAGUAUGAGUUCUAUUCAGGAACAGCCACCAACUUCCUUGUUUAACGUAACAAAUCACCGUCCGUGGCCGUGGCAAAGGAAGCAUAUUAUAGAUGAGAAGGUACCACGCAUGACAUCUCAAGAAGAAGCUUACUUGUUGCAGCAAGUAAAUAAGUCUGCGCUCAACUCCGCGCCUCCAGAGAUCAGACGAUUUUACAGAAAAUUAGCUGUGAGAAAAUUGAAACGCGAACACGGUUUACCUCUGUUAGAUGUUGAUAAUUUUGGAUUCAAAGCAGAAGAACCCCACAAAUCGUUAAAAGAUUCUGACAGAGUAUUAGACCGAUUCUUCGGCGAUGAUUUAGGAUUAUUUGAGCAAAGACUGCAAGGGUACAACGAACCGACGUCUGUACACAGUCCGUAUACUAACAGACUUCUGAAGCCGUUCAUAAGAAGAGAUAUUUCUUGCCGUCCGUUAUGGUUAAAAGUAAUGGAAGAACUUCGUAGUAAAGUAAAUAAAUCGAAUCCUAGAUGGAAACCGCCGCCAACAGCGCCGAUUGAUUAUUCUUACGUUAGACCACAACACAUACCUGCGAUCAACAGUCUGUGCAGUCAGUUCUUUUGGCCUGGCAUCGAUUUAACAGAAUGUUUGCAGUAUCCUGACUUUAGCUGCGUCGUGCUCUAUAAGAAAUUAGUCAUAGGAUUCGCGAUUUUAGUUCCUGACGUUGGUUACAAUGAAGCGUACAUUUCAUUUUUUUUAACCCGCCCCGAAUGGCGCAAAUCCGGCAUCGGGACAUUUAUGUUGUAUCAUUUGAUACAAACGUGUAUGGGGAAGGAUGUUACGUUACACGUUUCGGCAACCAACCCUGCGCUGAUUUUGUACCAGAAAUUUGGUUUUAAAGUGGAGGAGUUCAUUCAGGAUUUCUAUGACAAAUAUAUGCCUCUAAACUCAAAGGAAUGUAGACAUGCAUUAUUUUUACGACUGAGCAGAUAGAUGUAAAUUGAUCCUGCGCAAUACACGUGAAAUAUACGAAAUAUUAACUUAAAAACAGUUGCUAUUUUAUCGCAACAAUACCACUGUAAUUACGUUUAUACAAUAUCGAUUUCAAUCAUAUCGCCGUAAUGUCAUCGCAUUAUAAUUAUUACUACUUUACCAUCUGAACUUUAGACUGUGUUGCUAUUUCGAUUACAGUGCGCUAUCUAGAACAAUUGGUGACCUUUUAUUGUAAGUGAUUUAUAUUGUAAAACAACUGCGGAGAUUCCGAUUGUCGCUUGCCUAAAUAAAAUCAUUAAUUUAUUUGA